AUGAACUUUCAAGCUUUCACAGGAUUUGUCAUCCGGGAUUGUGAUGGUCAGGUCUUGUUAUCUAGUGCCAAUAAUAUUGGUGAAAACUCCAUAAAUGUGGCUGGAAGUGUUGCUCUUUGGGAUGGUCUUGUUGCUGCUAUUGAGCGUGGUUGGGAUCAAAUUAUUAUUGAAGGUGACUCUAAGCUCGUCAUUGAUAGCAUUCUCGAAAAAGCUACCCCCCCUUGGAGUAUCCUUCAGAUAACUCAAGAUAUUUGGUCCCUUUCUUCUUUUGUCAGCCAUAUUCGCUUCCAGCAUGUUUUUAGGGAGGCUAAUUUCACCGCCGAUGCGAUUGCUAAGCUGGGGCACGAGUUGCCCUCUCAAAGUUUUUGGGAGUUUGACUUGCCGUUAUUAGUCUGCUCUCCCUUUUAUUUCGACCUCUUUGGGUUCUCUUGCCCGAUGGGCUUUGUUUUGUAA